UUCUUGCCACUGGACCAGAGCAUAGGAACACAUCUAGGUUACAGGAUGUCAGACCCGGGGGACCUUCCUAAAGGAAAGCACCAGAAGUACCCACAAAGGAAACGAACCACCUUCACUGAGAAACAAUUGGCAGAUUUGCAGCUCCUGUUCAGUAAGAACCCAUACCCCAACUCCAGCCUGCAGAAAGAAAUGGCCUCGAAAAUGGAGAUACAUCCAACGGUAGUGCAGGUUUGGUUUAAGAACCACAGAGCAAAACUCAAGAAAGCCAAAUACAAGCAUAUUCAGCAAAAACAACAAGAAGCCCAACAAGAACAAUUAGCGGAGGCAGGGGUCAAGACCAACGCUUCCAAGACAAAUACGGAUACACCUCCCGGAUCCCCUAACGGUGCCUACCCUGAGUCCCUAGUUUAUACAGAUCAUCCAAUGCCUUCCUUCCAGCUCAGCAUAUGCCCCAAUUUUAAGGCUUCCACAGACCACUUUGUCGGCCACAAAAUGGUUCAUUUUGGCUGCUGCCAAGACCCUAACGUAUACUGUCUCUAUCCCGUUUUGGAAUCCCAAGUCCUUUCCACAAGCAUCAACGCUAAUUCUGUCUGCUCCUCAUCUCCACAAAGAAUGUGCGAGUGAGGGAGGCUAAACACAAAAGGUCACAUGUUGUCAUGUUUUGUAAUGAUUCCUGAACAGAGAACACUUUUUAGCCAUAAAAAGGAACAAACACAAGAUAUGCACAACAUGGAUGCAUUUCAACAUUAUGUCGAGUGAAAGAAAAAAGACACAAAAGACUACUUACUGUAUAAUUCCAUUUACAUGAAUUCC